GCAGCCCUUCAUCUCCAAGCAGCAGCCACUCCUCAGUCUCAGAUCCAAUGGCACCGAAGAAGGAGAAGGCACCGCCGCCGUCGUCGAAGCCGGCGAAAUCGGGCGGAGGAAAGCAGAAGAAGAAGAAGUGGAGCAAGGGAAAGCAAAAGGAGAAGGUGAACAACAUGGUGUUGUUUGAUCAAGCUACUUAUGAUAAGCUUCUCUCUGAAGCUCCUAAGUAUAAGCUUAUCACUCCUUCAAUUCUCUCUGAUCGCUUAAGGAUCAACGGUUCACUCGCAAGGAAGGCAAUAAGAGAUUUGAUGGCAAGAGGUGUCAUCAGGAUGAUCUCUGCCCAUUCCAGCCAGCAGAUUUACACUAGGGCAACAAACACCUAGAUUUCAUUCUUGUAUGCUUAUUUAGUUUUUUACAUAGUGCUUUUUUUGCUGAUAAAUACUAUUAUGUUUUUUUAUCCGGAGAUUGUUUAAAUGCUUGAGUUGCAAUCUUGGACCUUUAUCCUUUGCCUUUGAUGAAUUUUAUAAGAUUUCUUGGAUGUUUAA